ACAACAAAGAUAAGCAAGCCUGGGAGGAGGACCCCCUGAGGGGCUUUAGAUCCUGGCCAAUGCCUGAUUGGCAGAUGUUAAGAGAGAGUUCUCCUUAAUCCACUACAUCAAUGAACUGCACACAUUCAGGGCAGAGAUGGGAUAAUCCAGGCAUGAGGACAGUGUACAGUGCAUGCAGCUAGAACAUGGACAGGACCUUAGACUCUCUGCAACUUCUGAUCACUCAGGUGCUACCACAGAGUGACCCCAGCAUGGUGUUCAAGGACUUAAAUGUAGUCGCCUUACUUCAGGAGUUCUGGGAGAAAAAAGAGAAAAGAAAGGCAGUCUUCCCCAGUGAAAGCUUGGUGGCCUAUGAGUCAGUCCCAUCUCCAGAUCCACCAUUUGUUUGCUAUGUUACUUUACCUGGAGGAAGCUGUUUUGGAAACUUUCAGUGUUGCACAAGCAGAGCAGAAGCACGACGAGACGCAGCUAAGGUGGCUUUAAUAAACUCCCUCUACAAUGAAUUACCUAAUAGAAGAAUCACGCAUGAAUUCAUCAUGAAAAGUGUUCAAGAAGCUGUUGACUCAACAAGUGGCAACGUAGAUGAUGCUGAUGACCCAAGUACAAGCAUAGGAUCCUAUAAUUAUAUGUUGGAGGCCAACAUUGGCAAAACUAUGUUGGAAUUCCAGGAACUCAUGAUAGUCUUUCAGCUUCUGCACUGGAACGGAAGUCUUAAAGCCCUGAGAGACACAAAGUGUUCCCGUCAGGAAGUUAUUGCCUACUAUUCCCAGUACUCCUUAGAUGAGAGAAUGAGGAGCCAUAUGGCCUUAGACUGGAUAAUGAAGGAAGAAGAGUCUCCUGGAAUCAUAUCUCAGGAGCUUCAGCUUGCACUCAGGGAAUUGGAGGAGUCCAGAAAAGCAGGGAGAGAGCUGCGAUUCUAUAAAGAAAAGAAGGAAAUCUUGAGCUUAGCUCUGAGUCACAUCUACAGCGACUGCAUUACUUCACCUGCACAUGUUGAUCAUCUGAACUUUACUUUAAAUGGUUAUCACUAGCAGAUCUCUGGCUUCUAAGUCUGAUAGCAGAGUAGUAGACGGAAAUAUGGGCUAUAAAUUCUUGUUCAUAAGACCACCCAGGUUGAACAACAAGGAAACUUUAACAGAGAUUGUUUUUAGAGGUGUGUAUUUCAUAGUGAUUUACAGUGCUUUGCUUUGUACUGUAGCAAGACUAGCACUGUAGCAAGUUUUAGUAGAAGCUUUCAUUUUUGCAUUUUGCAUAUCGGCUCUGUAACUGUACAAUAUACAGUAUUACUAAUAUAAUCUUAAGCAGUUGUGACCAAGCUUAUGCUUUGAAGAAUUAUAAAUGGCCCUAGAUGCCUUAAAAAACCACAUGAUGUAUUUUUGUCAGUGCCAAAAUAACCAGUAAGUGGUUAAUAGGAACCUUUCAGGUUGACCAUGAUGUCCUAUGAGCAGAGCAGGAAGAGCUGAGUAAAUGAUUUAGUAUAAUUUAUACAAUCUGUUCAUCAAAAUCUUUGCUACACUGUAAUUCUCGUUUUAGAAUUUAGGUUUUUUGGGUACCUUUUUUUUUGCACAUUCAGUCUGUCUUUUUUUGCAUCUCCCCCACCUAAUUUGAGGUGGUCCCUUCUUUAACAAGGACCCCAUAUUCUCAUGGAAGUCACUGUAAAUCUCUGUUUUCUUAGCAUUAUUAUUAUAAUUUUUUUUUUUUAAAUGCCCUUCAUUUUUCUACAUUUUAGAAUUGGCAUUACAUAUUACAGUACCAUCUGGGGAUGCUUAAAUGGUCCAUCUCUAACAGAUUUGUAAGAACCAGCAAACUAGCUGUGUCUAUAGUUGAUAAUUUUUUCAAUCAAUGUCAUGGAAAUGUUAUAAAAUGAGAAAUGGGGGAAAAAUACCAUAAAUGCCCUUAUUUGUACUACAGUAACUAUCAAAAAUUUCUAAUGAGCGGGAAUGUUGUUUCCGUGUAACAUUACUAGAAUUAUGAGAAGUGUUACAGGGACACUAAAUUUAAAACGGAAUGUGAGAUAUUGAAACUACAAAACGUAAUUUGUCAGUCAGAAAGACUGAAUCCGCUGGAAUCUGGAAAACCUCAAUAAAAAGAGACUUAAGCUGCCCAAACACUUUCUCUAAACUCUCAUUUGGCUGACAGCUAUUCUUCCAUCUCCUCCAUAUACAUACAGUACACGCUCGGAUUGACAUGUGUUUUCAAUGAGAAGAGGGAACUAUUCCAUUGCCAAACUCCUCUGGAAGCAGCUUCUCUCUCAUGGGAACAAAGGAAAUCCAACAUGCCUGAUCCUUAUUUCCCCUGACAGCUGCCAUUGGGAUAGAUAUGGAACUCUCCCAUACACAGAAUUGACUUUCAUCUAAUGUGUAUGGACAUAUUUUCUCAUUGUAGAUUUGUAUUAUUGUUUACCCUUUAGAUUGCAAAGUGCGAUUGAAAAAUGUUGCAUGUAUUAGUGUUUGUGAAUAAACUUGGCACUCAAAUUUAUGAUGCAUAAUUAGAUUUUAUUGUGCAGUCCUUAUGUUUCGGUCCUACCUGGACCUUCAUCAGAACAUACCGGACUGCUAAGGAGGAAUGAGGAGAAAUGAAAGUUAACGGCCAUGCGAUAGGUCACCACCACAUGUAGGAGAAUGUGGUGGUGACCUAUGUUCUGAUGAAGGUCCAGGUAGGACCGAAACAUUAACAACAAAUUGUAUAUAAGGGCUGCACAGUAUAAUCUAAUUACGUAUCAUAAAUUUGAGUGCCAAGUUUAUUCAAGAAGAUUUGAUACGCAGUGGGAUUCCUACUUGUGUACCUAUCCUAAAGGAGUGCCAUAUUGAUUUGUUUGGUUGUAUUUUACUUAAUUUUUUUAUUUAUUUUUCAAACAUAUUUUCCAUAUGACUAGGUUAGAGGAAUGCUAGGUCUGGAUAUGAUUGGUAUGUAACAUUUUCUUGCUAUGUAAAUUAAGAAUGAACUUGUAUAUAGUCUUCCUUCCUUUUUCCACAUACAUUUUUAUUCUCCCUCCACAGAUGGUUCUACAAUACAUUACAUUACAAAAUUAAAUAGCCACACUUAAUGUCAGAUCACAUGCCUACAUUGUCCAAUGGCUUCAUUGGGACCAAAAUUAAAUAUGCUCAAUAUGUCACAAAGCCAAAGUCGACUAGGAAGUCAUGACACAUUGUCACUUUAGCACAGCACCAGCAUUGAAUUUUGAUGAUUUUAUUACAACUUUUUUUUUUCUUUAUUUGCAUGUCUUCUGUUCACAAGGCUAUAAAACAUGUGCCUCAUUCCAAACAAGCUAAACAGGCUAAAGAUUUUUGGUGGCCUUUCUUUUUAUGGUGUAGGCCCUAAAACAGUCCUGAUUCUCAAAAUAGUCAGUACACCUCUUAUAAGGAAUAUCCCAAGCCAUCUUUUUAAAGUUAAACUUUCAACACUUCAUUUCUAUUAAAGGCAUGCUCACUAUUUUACAAACCCUUGUUUUUUAAUCUACAAUGGGGCAAAAAAGUAUUUAGUCAGCCACCAAUUGUGCAAGUUCUACCACUUAAAAAGUUGAGAAAGGCCUGUAAUUUUCAUCAUAGGUAUACCUCAACUAUGAGAGACAUAAUGAGAAAAAAAAUCCAUCAAAUCACAUUGCCUGAUUAUUUUAAUAAUUUAUUUGCAAAUUAUGGUGGAAAAUAAGUAUUUGGUCAAUAACAAAAGUUCAUCUCAAUACUUUGUUAUAUACCCUUUGUUGACAAUGACAGAGAUCAAACUAAUACUGUAAGUCUUCACAAGGUUUUCACACACUGUUGCUGGUAUUUUGGCCCAUUCCUCCAUGCAGAUCUCCUCUAGAGCAGUGAUGUUUUGGGGCUGUCACUGGGCAACACGGCCUUUCAACUCCCUCCAAAGGUUUUCUAUGGGGUUGAGAUCUGGAGACUAGCUUCUUAUGAAGCCACUCCUUCAUUGCGUGGGGGGGGGGGGGGGUGUUUGGUAUCAUUGUCAUGCUGAAAGACCCAGCCACAUUUCGUCUUCAAUGCCCUUGCUGAUGGAAAAAUGGCCCCAUUCAUUCUUUACUUUACAAGGAUCAGUCGUUCUGGUCCCUUAGCAGAAAAACAGCCUCAAAGCAUGAUGUUUCCACCCCCAUGCUUCAGUAGGUAUGGUGUUCUUUGGAUGCAACUCAGCAUUCUUUCUCCUUCAAACACGAGGAGUUGCAUUUUUACCAAAAAGUUCUACUUUGGUUUCAUGUGACCAUAUGACAUUCUCCUAAAACUCUUCUGGAUCAUCCAAAUGCUCUUUAGCAAACUUUGCAAGGGCCCGGACAGAUGAGCGAAUUUUUGAAAAAUAAAAUUCGGCGGAUUUGACAAAUUUCCCCCCAAAAUUAGUUUGGUUCCGAAUUAAUUCGCAGUGAAUUGCUAUUAAAAACGACUAUUUCUGGCCUACAGCGAGCCUCAAUAGGGUUGUAGAACACUUUGCCUUGUCCUAACAUGCAUAGGGAGUGUGCUGUGUUAGUGAAAUAAUACUGUUGUUCAGGAUGACAUGCAGAUUACAGGCAUCGCUAUUAGAAUCACUGCAGCAGAGUGUCUGGAUGUGGCAGUAGGGAGAAUAUAUGGCGUCAAAAUUGAAUAGAAUAGAUUUUUUAUGUAAUUUUUAUUUAUUUACAUUUUUUGAGUAUCCAUUCUGGUGAGCAUUAAGUUGGCGGUGAAUGAAACAGCCUGGAGCAGGAGGCAGCAUGAGGAGAACAUAUAGUGGCUGAAUGACACAGCCUGGAGUUUGCGGCAGCAUGAGGAGAACAUAUAGUGGCUGAAUGACGCAGCGUGGAGGUGGGGGCAGCAUGAGGAGAACAUAUAGUGGUUGAAUGACACAGCGCGGAGGUGGAGGCUGCAUGAGGAGAACAUAUAGUGGCUGAAUGACACAGCCUGGAGGUGGCAGCAGUAUCAGGAGAACAUAUAGUGGCUGAAUGACACAGCGCGGAGGUGGAGGCAGCAUGAGGAGAACAUAUAGUGGCUGAAUGACACAGCCUGGAGGUGGCAGCAGCAUGAGGAGAACAUAUAGUGGCUGAAUGACAACGCCGAGGUGAGGCAGCAUGAGGAGAACAUAUAGUGGCUGAUCGACACAGCCUGGAGGUGGCAGCAGCAUGAGGAGAACAUAUAGUGGCUGAAUGACAGUGCGGAAGUGGAGGCAGAAUGAGGAGAACAUAUAGUGGCUGAAUGACACAGCCUGGAGAUGGCAGCAGCAUGAGGAGAACAUAUAAUGGCUGACACAGCCUGGAGUUUGCAGCAGCAUGAGGAGAACAUAUAGUGGCUGAAUGACACAGCGUGGAGGUGGUGGCAGCAUGAGGAGAACAUAUAGUGGCUGAAUGACACAGCGCGGAGGUGGAGGCAGCAUGAGGAGAACAUAUAGUGGCUGAAUGGCACAGCCUGGAGGUGGCAGCAGCAUGAGGAGAACAUAUAGUAGCUUAAUUAGCGCGGAAUUGGAGGCAGCAUGAGGAGACCACAAAGUGGCUAUAUGACACAGCCUGGAGUUUGCGGCAGCAUGAGGAGAACAUAUAGUGGCUGAAUGACACAGCCUGGAGUUUGUGGCAGCAUGAGGAGAACAUAUAGUGGCUGAAUGACACAACCUAGAGUUGGCAGCAGCAUGAGAAGACCAUAUAGUGACUAAAUGACACAGCGUGGAGGUGGCAUCAGCAUGAGGAGAACUUAUGGUGGCAGAAUGAGACAGCCUGGAGGUGGCAGCAGCAGCAUCAGGAGUCCAGAAAGUGACCCGGUGACAGAGUGAGUGGGUGGCAAUGCCAGUACCCAGUGAUGAAGGCGGGUGAAAAAAGAAGAAUUUGGCAUCAGAUCUGUUGCAUCAGCUGGGUGGCAGGAUAAGAAUAGUAGGUGAGUCAGGUAGGCAGAAGAAACGGGCUCUUUUUGUAAAAGUGUUAGUGUGCACAAGUAGGUAUUGAGGAUAUGCAUUACGUAAAACGUAACUUUUAAUAAUAUGCUUAGGAUAAAAUAUAUGGCCCCAAAAUUUUUUAAGGUGCUGCUCCUCAGUUACAGACAUUCCUCGCCAUCAGACCACAAGUAAGUAUUGAGGAUAUGCAUUAGCUAAAACUAAACUAAAAUAUACAUACUCAAAAAUAUUUUGAAAUAAAACAAAAGUAAAGGUGUGCAAAAAACACCAUGUGGCACCUACAGCACACAAGUAUUGUUGUGAUGCAAAGACCUUUAAAAGGUAGAAGGGAACAACGUAUGGUCCAUUGUAACCGGUGGGAGUAAACACUUCCCCUGUAAGGCCCUACUCUCGCAUUAUUAAUUCCCUUAUUGGCAAGUGUUACUAGCCCUAAAAUGGGCGGCCCCACACAGGAACUUAUCCCUAUUUCCACCUACAAACACUGCCAUUUCCCAGGGUUUUUAGGUGGAAAUAGGGAUUGGCUCCUGUGUGGGGCCGCCCUUUUUAAGACUAGUAACGUUUUCCUAAAAAAUGUGGAAGGGAACAACGUAUUGUCAAUAGUAGCAGGUGGGGGUAAAAACUUCCCCUGUAAGCCCCUACUCCCGCCCUAUUAAUUCCCUUCUUGGCAAGUGUUACUCACCCUAAAAAGGGUGGCCCCGGCCCCAGCCCCAGGAAACUCUCUAUAUUUCCACCUAAAAACCCUGGGAAAUGGCAGUGUUUGUAGAGGGAUAUAGGAAGAAGUUCCUGUGUGGGGCCGCCCUUUUUAGGGCUAGUAACACUUGCAAAGAAGGGAAUAAAUAAUGCGAGAAUAGGGCCUUACAGGGGAAGUUUUUACCCCCACCGAUUACAUUGGACCAUAAGUUGUUCCCUUCCACCUUUUUAGAGGUCUUUGUAUCACAUCAAUACUUGGUGGUGUAGGUGGCACAUGGUGUUUUUUGCGCACCUUUCCUUUUGUUUUAUUUCAAAAAAACAAUUUGAGUACGUAUAUUUUAUCCUAAGAAAUUUUAAGUUUUAGCUAAUGCUAAUACUUUCUUGUGGUCUGAUGGCGAGGAAUGUCUGUAACUGGGGAGCAGCACCUUAAACAUGUUUAGCACUAUCCAUAUUUGUGAAGUGUUGGUGUGACAUCAUGGUCAAGCUACUCUCAUGCAUCAGGCAUUGGUGGGUGGAAAUCCUGGCUGAUCCAUGCCUGAUUCAUUUUCACAAAGGUCAGUCUCUCCACAUUUUUGUGGACAAACGAGUUCUUCUUGGGGUUACUAUGGCCCCCGCCGCACUAAACACCCGCUCUGAUGGCACACUACUGGCCGGACAGGACAGCUUUUCCAGGGCAAACUCUGCUAGUUGCGGCCACAAAUCAAGUUUGGCUGCCCAGAAGUCCAGCGGAUCUUAAUGGUGUGUUGGCAUGGUCAUGUCAAGGUAUGCAACCACCUGCUGGCUCAGGUCCUGCUCCAGGUCUACCUGCUGCUGAUGAGUUGCUUCACUAUGCGGGUGAAGAAAGCUACUCAGCGACUGUAGAAUCAGGCUGCUGUUGAUGGAGCUGGUACUGCUUCUGCCACCACCACCCCUCCCCAGCAGCCAUGGCAGUGGAAGGUGAGCAUAGAGGGCCCACCGAGUCAGACCUGCGAGCAGAUGGACGAUGACACAGAUAGGCUUCGACCAACUGACUACUUAGGAUGUCUCUGUAGUAGGUCAGUUUGUCCUCCCUCUCAGUUGGUGUAAAAAAAAAAAAAAAAGGCCCCCAUUUUCUGCUGGUAGCAAGUGUCCAGCCAGUCAUUGUUUCCAACACAUGUUGUAGUAGAUGCAGUGGAAGGACAUUUUUCAUCCCGUAAUCUUGGCAACUGACUAGUAAUGUGGCUUCCUCAAAGGACCUGAGAAAACGGCAGGUGUCACGUAUGAGCUGCUACUGGUUGACAUUAAAGUUACACAGGGGAGUACUCCUAUCCGGUUGGAUCUUCAAGAAAUCGGUGAUGGCUUUUCUCUAUUUGUAUAGUUCCGUGUUUCCCAAACGCGGUCCUCAAGCACCCCCAACAGGUCAUGUUUUCUGGAUUUCCUUAGUCUUUCAUAGG